UCUCGUCUUUUCACGGUCGACCGAUCUCUCCUUCAGAAUCCCAAUCUUAAGCCCCUUCCCAAUCCUCCCUCCCUCUCUCUCUCUUUCUUUCUCUCUUUCUCUCUGUCUCUCUCUCUCUCUCUCACACACACACACACACACACACACACACACACAGAAACACACACACACAGAAACACACACACAAGCAAACACCCAGACAUCUUCUCCUCUUCUCGCUUUGGCAAUCUGUAUUUCGCUGUAGUCUGUUUUUUCGCGCUAAACAAAGGAUCAGCGCGAUCAAUCAAAUCAAAUCAGAUUCAAUCAAAUCAAGAUCAAAUUCGCUGACGGUCAUGGCCGAGAGAAUUACCUUGAAGGAGAGACGUACUGCUUCUUCCGACCCGAGGUGUCGUUAAUCGAUUGAUGGCCGGCAUGCUGCUGCUUUGUUCUACCAUGCGAGCCGCUGCGUGCUUUGGCGCGUUGAUCGCCUUCUUGCUUGUGCUGGAUUACAUAAUAAAGUUAUAGUAUUGCUUUUUUUAAUUUUUCUGGAUAUAUCACCCGUGCGUCUAAUCUCUUAUCAUCUUCCCAGUCUGAUUUAUCCUUAAAAAAAACGUCCCGCUCUUUUAUCGCUUCUUCAUUCCUUGCUGUCCUCUCCUCCUCCUCCCUCCCCCCGCCUCCCACCACACACACACACACACACACACACACAGAGAGAGAGAGAGAGAGAGAGAGAGAGAGAGAGAGAGAGAGAGAGAGAGAGAGAGAGAGAGAGAGAGGGAGGGAAAGGGAGGGGACUAGAUGGAGGGGCCGAUAGGGCACGAGACGGCGGGGCAGAAACUUUUGAGACUGAGCGACUACGAGGCGAUUCACGAUGAUGGCGAUAAUGUAGAGGAGGAGGAGGAGGAGGAAGAGGAUCUGGAGAUUCACCCACCCCAACAGAGGAGCACUCUCAGGCGAUUUCUGUUGAGUUUUGCGGUGGCUCUGGCCGCCAUCUGCUUCUGUGCAACCGUGUGGUGCUUCGUGAUGCUCGUUGUUGGUGCUGACGUGGCAGCCACCGAGCAGGGGGAUGCACCGGACGCCUUCGCGGAGUCCCUGGUGAUGAUGAUUCUCACGCCGUUAAUGACAUUCGUCUGGCUAUACCUCAGCACAGGAUUGAUGGUUUUGUGGGCAUAUCCAGAAAGGAGCAAAGCCAUCAAGGUUGUGGAAAACAAUUGUUGUGCUUCCCAAAAAGGUGCCACUCGCUGUUUGGCAAGAUUGAACAUCUUCUUGGCCAUUCCCCUGUGCUUUGUCAUAAUGCUUGGAGGCGCUUUUUGCUUUAUUGGACCGGCAACAUGCGUCAUGGGUUAUAUUAUGCUCAUCGGGACAACCUUCCUGGUCAUCGGGAAUGGGAUAGCGCUUUUUCUUCAAUCCAACCUGCCUCUUGGCGGCGAAGGCGGACUGGAACUCAAUGCAAUGAAUCAAAUUGAGACUUCUAUGUUCACAGAUGAACUGCCAGUUGCAGUACCGGCGGCAUCGAAGCCCAUACCAAAGGGUCCUGCGUCUGCCACUGCGGAAGUUCUGCCUCCUCCCUAAGGCACGCCUCGCUCAGGAGAACAUUUUCCUUUCUGGUUAUCAUAACCCAACAUUGGGGCCCCAGUGGGCAUGCUAUACUUACAGCCCCCGCUGGCAAGUAUAGCAUGUGUCCUCCCCAGUGGGCAUGCUAUACGUACCGCUCCCAAUGGGAAGUAUAUAUAGCAUGUGUCCUCCUCGUGUGAGCAUAUCUGUGUAUCGUAGAUAUAUGCGUGAACACGCAUUCACAGACGUGCGGAGACACCCACCCCCCCGCCCUUCCCAUGACGAGGGGGAGCGCUGAUACCUUCAUGUUACAGCGCUCCCCCACGGCGCUCCUCCUCGGCGCCCUCCCUGCCCCCCUCCCCUCCUCCCUAGCCGUCGUGAAGAUUGCAUGAUUAUGAGGCAUAUCAUCUGGACUGUAUUCGCGCAGAUGUUAAUACAGUCCAGAGAUGUUGAAUUACGAUAGCUGCCAUACGAAGACGUGUUGCGUAGAAUAUUGUUGUCAUGUACAUAUGGAAGAUGCUGUUGUGGUGCCCUGGUGGACUGUUGCUGGGGAAAGUUGGAGGCCCCUCCUCUGUAGAGCAAAAUGAGGCCCAUAAGUAAAAGAUCUGGGGUCUUUUUUGGGUCCAAGUUGAGGCCACAAUAAUGAGCGGUUCCUGGUUCUGUCGACACACCCAUUGGAAAGUGACCGGGGAUCGAAUGAAUUGCCCGUAGAAAUGUAUACGCAUUGGAAAAUGAGUGGGGAUCGGAAAUGGAUACGUGAGAAUAGUAGGUGUGAAAGGGGAACUGUAACCUGUACCGCAGCAUCGGCCUUUCUCGAGUUUAUUUCAUCUGGCAUGAAAAUGGGAGGAUGAACCGGGAAUUUCAGGAGUUGAGGUAAUCUCGUUCGCCCAGUUCAAUUCGCGUUAAGAGAUGGGAAAGGCUACUUGGCAAUACUUCUGGGGGACACUCUUGACUGGCCAGAACAAUGAGGAGGACCUAUCAGUCAGCAGAGGUAACUUGAGUUCAGGGUAGACGUCAGGAAGCUGAGUUGCAGUCUGUGGAUUCAGCAUGCCGAUUGAAAGCGAUUGCAUCUACAAUGCGCAUCUGUGUGCGCCUUGAGUUUUCGUCAUUGCUGUACGCUACUGUCUUCUUCUGGAUGGUGGAACGAAUUGUUCGUGGUUGCGUAACUUCUUCUUCUGGACCGAAAAGAACUCGUUUACGGUCACAAAACGUGUUGCGAGCUUAUCCAAAAGUGAUUUCUGCAGUGCGGUGGUAUUUGCUUGCGCCUAUGAUCAUCAGGUAAUCGACAGCUGCAUCCACUAGAUCUGCACGCGCCAACAGAGUAUGCGCAAACAAUGAAAAGGCUCUUCGGUAGCGGACAAGUUUUUUUUUUGUUUUUGUUUUUUUUUUAAAAUUCCCUUUACGGCCUUGGGAUAUCAUCGUUGAGCUGACUGGCUUCAGAAUAAUUUCGUUCUGUUAAUCUGAGUGCAGCUGGAUUCGAGCUUGGGUCUGUGGUUCAACAGUUCAUUGGGUAUACCAACUGAGCUAAGCCCACCGGUGGCAGCGGCCGAGUCAUGCUGUUAUGCAACUUCAUAUAUUUGCCGACAGCCUGGCUGGACUGUGGGAUGGAUGGUAGGAAGGUGGGUGCUGCUGCUCGAUUUGGAAUUAAGCCAGUUGAAGUAAAAAAUCUUAGAUCUAUGAUGGAUGGAAGCAAGAGGGCGUGCUACUAUUCUAUUUGGAAUUCGGUCAGUGGAACUAUGCCACUAAUUCUUUUUGGAAUUCAGUCACUUGAACUAUGCUGCUAUUCUAUUUUUGGAAGACAGAUGACUUAGUAUAACCAAGCCAUAAUCACGAGAUCACUGCUAUUCUAUUUUUGGAAGUAAGUCUCUGUUGAAGUGAGAAUCGAAGGCGAUGGUUAGGGGAAACCCUUCGACCUUGUGUGGUUUUUAUUCCUACAUGACAGACGACUUUGUAUAACCAAGCCAUAAUCACCAGAUCACAGGGUGAUUGGCCAGAGACUUCCAGAAGCAGCAGUCCACAGAUAACCACAGCAGAACUCUUUCGGGCCAAUGGGUGAACAUCAGAGCUGUGUGUUUGCCUUGCAGAGAUGAGGACGACGUGUGCAGCACCCACCCCUGCAACUGGUUUUUCUCUCUAAGGAGUCUGAGGGAAGGUUUUGUACCUGUUCAGAUCACCGGUUGAUUCACCGGAGACUUCCAGAUGCAGCAGUCGACAGAUGUCUACGGCGGAACUCUUUCGGGCUAAGGUAGAACACCAGACCUGCGUGUUUGCCUUGCAGAGAUCAGGACCUAUCCAACACCCCUCCAACUGGUUUUCUCUCUGAGGAGUCUGGGGGAAGAGUAGUACCUGUUUCCUCUUGUGGUCAAAUGGGUACUCGGUUUCUCGCGAGAGUCGAGGCCAAACGGGUUUUACGCGUGUUGGAACGACGAGCGUUCAAAUAAGUACUUGGUUUCUUUUGAGAGUCGACGAAAGGAACAGGUUUUACGCAUGUUGGAACGACGAGUGGUCAAAUUAGUACGUACUUGGUUUCUCUUGAGAGUCGACACCGAACGAGAAAUGGGUUACGCGUGUCGGAACGACGAGUGAUCAAACAAGUACUUACUUGGUUUCUUGUGAGAGUCGAGAAGAAACGGGUCUUACACAUGUUGGAAUGACGAGGAUUUUUUGGUGGUAAUGGCGAGAGAAUCUUUGUUCUCGAGAGAACCCAUUAGUCUUGCGUAGGUCUCUUAUACACAUCUAGAUGUGUAUAAGAGACAGGAGAUGACGAGGAUUUUUUGGUGGUAAUGGCGAGAGAAUCUUUGUUCUCGAGAGAACCCAUUAGUCUUGCGUAGUGCGCCGGGAAAAUCUCGGCGAGGGAGGGGAUUUUGUGGAGUAAGACUGCAACGAAUGAGAGAGUACCGUGAACAUGAGAAAGCAGCAUGGUGGAUGAUUGUAGUACUAGGAAUGUGAAAGGUGGGGGAAGGGUUUUGGUAAGAUACCGUGAACACGAGAAAAGGGGAUGAAGGAUAUCGGGAUGAUGUUCCGAACAUAAAGAAAAGGGGAUGAAGGAUAGUCGAUUUGUGGCACAGUAUUGCAAACAUCCUGAGAGGAGGAAGGAUGCUGGCGCAAUACUGUGAACGUCUGGAAGGGGAAAGCGGGAACAAUGGUUGUGCGACACUGUGAACAUCCCCAAGGGAGGAAUAUUCGAAGUUCGAAAUGAUGAUGCGACCAUUUGGAAGGCGGGGCGUGGGCGGGCGGGUUCCUUGACAGGCUCGGUUUCCAACAAGCAAGGUAACAGAUCUGUGUUAUCAAAUGUGGGCUUCAGUAUGAGAGGGAGCAAUGCAUGUCGCCAAAGCUCUCUGAAACCGCGGGGGAGCAUUUCAAUGUGCUUCGUGGGAAAGAGCAGAUCCUUUAUUUGGCCGUACGAGGGAGGAAUGCAUAUCGGCACAGGUCUCUGAACCUUAGGGCUUUUCGAAGUUGGGAAGAGGGAAGAGAAUGUUUGCGAAAGGAUCUUUUCUUCGCUCCUGAAGCUUUCUGAGAAGGGCAGAACAAGAUGUUUAUCUAUAAUACCUCUGCGUUUGGGCAAAGAAACAGGAGCGAAGUUCUUGCUUUCUACCUUUCUGGUCGUUCGGUUAAAACCGCUACCCUACCCUGUCUUUGCGGUUAGCAGCAAGUGCGGUUGCUGUUAGAGCGCUAACUCUAACCGAGCCUUCCCGCUCUUUCCAGUAGUCCGUUGGAUGGCCAAUCCCAAUCUGGCAGGCACAGACGUUUCUUCCACCGUCACCUAAUCCAGCUCAGCCGCAGAGCACAGUUGCGAAAGUUCAGCGAAACGGCAUUUGUGAUCUCAAGUUCUGAAUUCAAAUAUAGCUUGGGUCAGCCGGCUUGACCAUUUCUUUUUGAAUUGAUGUGGUUGGUGGUGGUCCCAAUGCGAGUCUGUUCUCGCGUCCUGGGGAUCCAGUUCAGUUUGAUGCAGGCGUCGAUGAGCUUGAUGGUUGUUGUGCAGCUGCAGGUGGCUUCUGGAUGACCGGUACGGUCGUUCUGAGAAAUUGUGAUCUCCCUAUUGGCUGUUGAAAGUUCUGUGCGGGCUUUUCAGACUGGUAUUCAAAAUAGUUAAAUACUAUUCGUCAACAGUUCAUCUGUUUUGCGGCUUUUGCCCCUGUUGCGUUUGGAGUUCGAUUUGAAAUUUUCGAUGGAUUCCUUUAUUGCUUAUAUGUAGCUGCAUUGACUGAUGACGACGAUUGCAAGUCCUGGUGCUAUGCAACAGCCAACGAGACGCAGAAGUAGCAGCAGCAGCAGCAGCACUUGACUCUUGCCACACGCGCUGCGGAGUUGGUGAGGGGAAGAUAUAGCAGCAGGAAGGGCAACAAGCAGAGAGAGCGGUCUGCUGCUGCCAACAGCCAUGUGGAAGGAAGACGAGAAGAGCGGUGCCACCUGUGCUGGUCACCGUGGAGUAUCGUGGCGAGAAGGAUUACGAGCAGAGAGAAUGUUUAACCAACUUCGAUUCACGUAGAACGGUAGAAGUAAAACGGAAGUGUAAUU